AUGAAGGUGGAUGGGAUUGGCCGGGACAAGAGUAGUGGAGAAGACGGGGACAAGCACGUCACAAGUAGUAGUGGAGAGCCAGCAAAGGGUGACAACACACUAAGUCCCCUUCCGUAUGACCCUAGACAUCAAGGGGCUCAGCCAGAUCAAUCUGACUCACACCCAGUUCGACUUGGAGCACAAGACGGAUCUAAGGAGUCGGAUGGGAGCAGUUCUGAGAGAUUCACUGAUGCAAUGAGUGAGGAUGAUUCCGAUGGGAAUGAAGACGAACGAUUUGAAGACGCUCAAGAAACCCCUUUAACGGACAAUGAGAAUGUCCCAGAGAUGCCCAGAGAGGAGAAGACCGUCUUCCCUUCAGAAACCUCACCAUCCACAAUAUCCCCUCCCACACAGCACUACUACUACUACGAUCCCGCUCCAUUGAAUCACCACUUGGUGAUAGGUAACCGAUCCUCAAACGUUUCCACAGCCGAGAAUGACACGUACUUUGAUUGUCCACCUGCACCUCCCUCAGAGGAGAAAGAUGGGAGAACCACAAUAGGCCACGGACUUCCCGUACCUGGUGUGACCGGUACAUACCCUAUCGGCGGCCCGAGGCGGACUAAACCAUCACGUCUCAGGACGUGUAUCACAGCCGAACCGUCGGACUUAGGCUCAGAAGACGAAGCAACAAAGCAUAAAUUGCGACUACGACACUUGAUGACAGGUUCAGCCGAAUCUCCCAUCAAUUACGGUUCUGACAGUCAUUCACCUAAGCAACCGAGCCCCACAGAUGGUCAGAGCACCUUGACUUCGAGAGGUGUUGUCCAGGAGGGAUCGGUGGAUGAUGCGGCUCCACCAGUAUCAUCACCCGACGUCGACGACCUCACUUUGAAUCACUGUGAUUUUGAUGCCAAAGGCACUCCAACCGAGGGCUCACCUCCCCCAGAGUAUCAGCUACUGCCUCCUCCAGUCAGUGAAGCUCCCCUUCACCAUGGAAGCGCUAAUUCAGAUGGCUCCGACUCCGACUGGGACGGCUCCAACUCCGACUGUGAAGGCUUCGACUCCGACUGUGAAGGCUUCAACUAUGACUGGGACGGCUUCGAUUCCAACUCCGAUCUUGAAAUACCCCUCUUUGAGGAAGACUUCGACACUCCCCCUUGUAAUGCAAAAGAAUUCUUCAGCUGGUUGAGAACCAGAUUAGAAGCAAGCAAUCCAUAUAUGAGCGUCAGCAAAGCUAAUGAAGCAUAUCUAUCACAAACUCUUCUUGAUAAUGCCAUUUGUACAGUCCUGGAUGAGGCUCAAAAGAUACGCGACAUUGAAUCCCAUUUCAACAGAUACAUGGGCCGGGAAAAUGAGGAUGAAAGGCAAAAGACGCGGCUGAUAGAUGAUUGCCUGACUUUAGGAUUGAAGGGGGAAUAUGAUUUGUUGGCUGAGAGAUUACGGGAGGCCUAUACAGAGGUGGGCGCAAUCAAUAAUACCUACAAAGCUUUGUUACUGGACUCUCUCUUACGAUUUGGCAGUGAUUGCUCGACAAGAAGAAAUACGAGUGAAGAUACUGGGAGGGGGAGAUAG